AUGGCAAGCCCCGCAUCCCAACGUAUUGUUAAAACUUCGUCAUCGUCCAGCGGUGUUGAUGCGACCAAUCUGUUCAACCACCCAGUACUCGCAUUCGACACCGGCGAUAACCAACUAUUGGGCCUUCCCCAUGAUGACUGGCUCACGCUCAUGUCCCUGCUCGGUGCGCAAGGCUCCGACAGUAACGGCAAUUUCCUCAUUCCCUGUGGAUCGACAAUGACAUACAACUUCUUCGGCACAAAGAACCGCGAGUACACAUUCAGUAUUGCUGACACUACCACCAACAAUGGCCAGGGCUUCUGCAAGCCAACAGUCAUCGAUUCGGGCUCCACGACCAAUUGGAUCACCGGUAUGCCGUUCCUCCAUCAGUACUACGUUGCAUUCCACUACACCGCGAACAUGAUGGGCUUUGGAACGCGCAAUUUGGGUGCAAGCGCAGCGCAGAGCAAGCCGUUCGUCGGUUGA